AUGGCGGAUCUUGUAGGUACAGCCUCGUCGCCUGCGACGGCGGGGAAGGGUUUGGAUUUGGAUGAUAUGCUUGCACACUUGGAGCUUAGAGAGGAUGAGCUAGAUGAUGUGGUGAUUCCGGUUGAAGCUGUGAAAGAAUUCCAGAAGGAUGCUCGCUGGUUGGCAAUUGGUAAAGUGCAUACUUCGCGUUCGUUUAGCUCUGAAGCAUUGUUUGGCAAGAUGAAAGCCAUAUGGAACCUGUCAAAAGAUCCGAUCUGUAGAGAAGCUGGUGAAAAUUUAUUUAUCUUUCAGAUGCAUUGUUUGGGAGAUUGGAAAAAAGUGGUUCACCAAGGACCAUGGACUUUUCGUGGCUGGGCUGUUUUGAUCGAAGACUAUGAUGGGAAGGAGGAUCCUGAGAAGAUGGUUUUCAAUGGCCUGCAUAUUUGGGCGCAAAUCCAUGGCAUACCAGAGCUCUAUCGUAAGAAAGAAGUGUUGGAUGAUCUCUCACGCAGGAUUGGUAAAACAAAAGAGGUUCAGAUGUCACCAAAGCCUUUCUUUGAAGGAAAUUAUGUGCGCCUCCGAGUCAUGAUUGAUGUGAGUAAACCUCUUAUGCGAUUCGUCUCACUAAUGGUAGAAGGAGAAGGAAGAAAGAGGCUAGCGGUGAAGUAUGAAAAAAUUCCGUUCUUUUGUAAACGGUGUGGCCUCCUAGGACAUGACCAUGAGGAAUGCGGGGAUGGGGCCUGGGAGCCUAAAGAUCUCCAAUAUGGGGCAUGGAUGCUGGCUGUCCGACGUAGUAACUCUCAAUUGGAGCCAAGGCGGUUUGUCGCUCGCGAACCUGGGCGUGGAGGUUUCAUGAACCGGGGAGGUUUUACCCCGGGCGCCAAGAAACGGUCUUCUCAAGAAGCGGCGCUAGAUGAUGGGGAGGAUCUGAGGGACACGGCUUCUAGUCCCGGAAAGAUGGCUCCCAUGGAGGAAGAUAAUAAUGCUCGAGAGAACUUGGCUGCAAAGAAACAGCUGGAUAUGAAUAUGUCAACCCUCGGGAUCGUUCUAAACAACGUAAGACUGACCAUACAGUUAAUGACUUGGCAACAUCGGCGGCCUCUCUCGAAGAGGACCGCCGGGCCCAAUGACGACAUUAGGAUGGAACGGUCGUGGCAUGGGGCAAGCUGCGACCGUCCAAGAGUUGGUCUGCCUGGUUCAGACCUAUAA